GAGCUUUUGAACAUUUUAUCAUCCAAUUAUUUUUUUUUUUGUAGGAUUCAGUGCAUUAGUUCUGGCAUGCAAUUGAGCUUGUUUAUUAUAUGUUAUUGGUUUGAUAAAAUUACCGUAUACAUGGCCACGGAUAAAAUAUUUUCUGAAGUCUUUUUGACUUGAAAGUCAGCUCAGUGUUGCAAUCCCACUGCAUUUCUCUUGUAAUUAUUCCACUCGGCCUCGUGGCGACGCUCUUAGAAUAUUUGAGUCAGCUAUGGCGUGCUCUUCUGUAGACGUGUCAGUGAAACUGGAGCAUUGGGUGAGAGCUGAAGGCUGUGUGCAUGUGUCUGUGUGUGAUUUUGGGAUGGAGGCAGAGAAAAGUGUGUGUGUGUGUGUGUGUGUGUGUGUGUGUGCGUGUGUGUGUAUGUGUGUGUGUGUGUGUGUGUGUGUGUGUGUGUGAUGGAGGCAUCGAAAAAAAUGCGUGUGUGGGUGUUUGGAGAGAGAGAGAGAGAGAGGGAGAGCGAGAGAGAGCAAGAGAGAGAGCGAAAGAGGGAGAGAUGAAAUGAGACUAGAGAAUCCAAGCUGACAGCUUCCCUAAUAGAGCAUGAGUAACUCGGCUAGAGAAGCAGGGAAGCGUUGGAUUGCAGCACAAUUUUCAAUUCGAUAUUUUCAGGAGCAUGUUUAGGGUUUAGCUCAUCUUUUGACGGUUUAUGAGCACUGGAGAGAAUCUCUAAAAAUGGACCGCCGAAUCAACUUUGAACAUUGGAAGGAAUUAGUCUUUUUUUGUCUGAUUUUUUCCGUGUCGUCUGGAGAGGUGCGUUACGUCCUACCAGAGGAGAUGCAGCCAGGUUCUGUAAUUGGGAACGUUGCACGAGAUCUCGGUGUGGAGGCGAGGGAGCUCGGUGUUCGUCGUGCCCGUGUUGUUGCAGACGGAGCCAGUCAGCUCUGUGAACUGGACCUGUCAUCAGGCAAUCUUUUGAUCAGCCAACGGAUCGACCGAGAGGAGCUCUGCGCACAAGGAAGCGUGUGCACCAUCCAGCAUCAGCUUUUACUUGAGCAGCCCCUUCAAGCAUUCAGUCUACUUUUGGACAUUGCAGACAUAAACGACAAUACUCCGGUGUUUGCCGCAGAGGAGAUCAACCUUGAUUUGGUAGAGUCCACAGUUCUCGGGAGACGUUUUCCCCUGGAGAGUGCACAUGACCCCGACUUGGGCACGAACUCUGUCAGUGAAUACAAACUCAGCCCGAAUGAGCAUUUUGGCUUGGAAAUAAGUACCCAAAUAAAUGGAAAUGCAUGUCCAGAGCUUGUUCUUAAAAAGCCAUUAGACCGAGAAGCACAAGCUGAACACAUGCUGAAAAUCAAUGGCAUUGACAGCGGAAGUCCAGCCAGAACUGGGACUGCUUCAAUCCGUAUCCGGGUUUUGGACGCCAAUGAUAAUGUCCCCGUUUUCAGCCAGGGGGUUUAUCGGGCAUCUGUAUCCGAGAACUCUGUCAUAGGGACUUUAGUAGCACAACUGAAUGCCACAGACUUGGAUGACAGCCUUUAUGGGGAGAUAACAUACUCUUUCAGUCACCUGACGGACAAGACCAGAGGAGUUGUUAACAUUGACCCUCUGAAUGGUGAAGUUCGUGUGGCAGGUGUCCUUGACUACGAGGAGGCGACUACUCACGAGUUGGAUGUGCAAGCUAAAGAUGGAGGCGGCCAGGCCUCCCAUUGCAAACUCGUCAUCGAUGUCAUUGACGUCAAUGACAACAAACCUGUGAUUGAAAUCAAGUCGGCAUCUGCGAACAUACUGGAAGACUCCAAACCCGGAACGAUGGUGGCCCUCAUCAAUAUUUAUGACAUGGACACCGGAAAUAGCGGACACGUCACGUGUUCCAUUCCUGACAAUGUCCCAUUUCAAAUUGUGUCAGAAGUGAAAAACUAUUACAUGUUAGUGACUGCUGCGGCGCUAGACAGAGAAGUUCAAUCGGAGUAUAAUAUUACCAUUACUGCGACUGACUCGGGCUCUCCCUCACUGGAGAGCAGAAAAAUUAUAUCCAUUGUGAUUAUUGAUGUAAAUGACAACCCUCCAACUUUUACCCAACAUGAGUAUACUGCCAACAUCUUGGAAAACCAACCUGCUGGCACGUUUGUUAUGAAAGUAGAGGCACAGGACACGGACGAUGCGUCCAAUGCUAAAUUAUUUUACCAAAUAGCAAAAGAGACAAAUCCGGAAGUUUCUUCCCUUCUUACCAUGAACAUGGAAACGGGAGAGCUUUUUACAUCGCGCCUCUUUGAUUACGAGCAGUCCGUUCACUUCCAAAUCAAAGUGGAGGCCCGAGAUGGAGGCGAGCCCCAACUCACCACCACCUGCACUGUCAACGUUUUUAUUGUCGACCAAAAUGACAACACGCCAGUUGUUCUAUAUCCUGUGCAAGCCUUCAUUACCGAGGACAUAGUUCCCUUCGAAGCACCAAGGGGCUAUUUAGUGACCAAGGUGGUGGCUGUAGACGCGGACUCGGGUCACAAUGCGUGGUUGUCUUUUAGAAUAAUCAAAGAAACACAGCCCAAUCUGUUCAUGGUGGGCUUACACACAGGUGAAAUUAGAACCAUGCGAGCCUUUGUGGAGCUUGAUGAACCGAAGCAAACAAUUGUUAUCGUGGUCAUGGAUAACGGGCCAGAAGCUCUGUCUGCCACGGCUACAGUUAGUAUCGCCGUUGGCGAGGGGUUGCCAGUUCUACAAGAAUUCUUUGAGCUGGCAGACGAAUCUCAGGGCAGCGAUAACUUGAGGCUCUAUUUGAUUAUUGCACUGUUCACCGUUUCUUUCCUCUUAAUCCUUUUAAUCAUUGGAGUUUUUUAUUUCAAGCUUUGUCGCCGUAGUUAUGUGUACCAUUCCACUGCUGCCAGUCUUCCAGUUUUCCCGACAACAUAUUAUCCACCUAGUUUUACCGAUUUUAGUCGCUGUGGGACAUUACUGAAAGAAGAUCGCUAUGAUCCAUUUCUGACCACCGGCUCAUGGAGAGGUGACUUUCGCUUCGGUUCUAACACGGAUACUGACACGCUAAAGAAAAGGAGUGCGGCUUAUCAAAAGAACACCCUUAGGCGAAUCAGUGCAGAAAGAUCUACUUUAAAGGUUCAGGCUGGUCCCGCUCAUCCUUGUUAUGUGGUCACUUAAAAACUGGCCGUAAUGGUUGCACAUGCAGUAGUUGUAAAAAGUCUACACACUCCUGUUUAAAUGCCUGGUUUUCUUUCAUGAAAAAUAAGCUCAAGAUAAUCAUUUCAAAACUUAUCAAGGUGUAAGGAGAUGAAAUUGAAAUGGCUGUCAGUGAUCGCACAAAACCUUCAGGCUUCUGCCAGAAAACAGAGAAGAAUGCCAGGAAAAGUGUACUUGAACAGCUGAACUUUAUUUGAAGUUAAUCAGAGUUAAUCAGCAGUUUCAAUGGUGGCAGGUGUGUGCGGACUCCCCUUGAACUAGAAUUUGAAUCUGAGUGGGUAAUUCUGAACACAGGUACAUCCCAAUUAAGAGGGUGUGCACGCUUAUGCAACCACAAUAUCGGUGUUUAAUUGUAUUUACCUGCGAUUGGCUAGCAACCGGUUCAAGGUGCCCAUGACCCUUGUGAGGAUGAAGUGGAUUAGAAAAUGGAUGGAUUUUUACUUCCUCUCAUGAUUUGUUUUCCCUAAUUGCAUUGAUAAAGUAAAAGGUAGAUAACGUUUUGAAAUGAUGUGUCUAAAACCUGGCCUUAUUAAGGAAUGUGUUGACUUUUUGUGUUCUCUGGGUUUUGAAAAAAAAUGGUAAAAAAAUGUUUCGAGGCUUUUAAAUGCACUCACUGGAGGGUACUCACCUUUUGGUGUUAGACAUUUGUAAUACCAUUUAUGUAUUUACAGUAAUCUCUGAUCCUAAACUAUGCACGGCCUCAUGAUGAUGCAGUACAAUUCAGCAACUUUAUAAACUGCAAGCAAAAUAAAAGUAUUGCAAAUUCAACAACUUUGCUACGUUAGAUUGUGCAGGUGGUGUGCGCAGUGAGUGUAGGUUGUGAUGACAAACUGUCAACAUUAAAAUGUAUAAAACGACAUCAUAAAGGACAGUAUUUUUAAUUAUGUUAAAUGUUUGUAAUUAUGUUUUGUAUCUAUGCAUGGAAUUAUUCAACUUGAAAAUAAUUGUGCGAAACUAACAACUAAAAUAUUGUCAAAUGAGCAUGAUAGCUGAUAAUUGCUUUGUUUUGUGUUUGUUAAUUAAAUUCGAUAGUACCUUUACUUGUAAUGCUCAACAGGCUUUAUUGUUCAUUCAUUGCUGGAUGAGAUAUCUGUUGCAAUAUUUCUGCACCAAUUGUUUGCUCUGUUUCUAUUUUUCUCUCAUUUAUGAUGAUCGAAUAUCUUUUGUGUCAUGUGAGUGCCAGACGUGUAAAACGUUUCGUAACUAGCACGAUACAGUUUGUGAUUUCAAAUUCACCAGACUCUUCCUCGUUCUUUCAAAACGCAAAUGAGACGAUGUGUUUUCACCCCUACUGAUGUUGUUAUUUUAUUUUGUAGCAAGUCUCAGUCUUUUUGUUUCAUCUUUGUCUUGUUCGCACAAGUCAGUGCUGUUGCUUUUGUGACCUGUGACCAUCAAUAAUACACCCAACGACGAUCAAUAUUUGUUGUGCUAUGCUUUAAAUUCUACUUUGUAAUGGAAUGGUUUAGCAUCUAAAUAAAUUUGGA